CCAGCAGCAUUCUGGGUGUUGAAAGCGCCAGGGAGCCCAUCACCUUAGUACUGGCAGAAGAUGGCACUAUUGUGGAUGAUGAGGACUACUUCUUGUGUCUGCCCUCUAACACCGCGUUUGUGGCGCUGGCCAAGAAUGAGAGAUGGUCCGGCAAAAGCUUAGACAGCGGAACAGCCUGGCUCUCCGAGUCUGCCGAUGAAGUGGACAGCGCUGCAGAGAAGUGGAAGCAGCUGGCCAGGCAACUGAAGGAUGACCUGUCUAAUAUCAUCUUGAUGUCCGAAGAAGACCUCCAGGUGCUUAUUGAUGUACCGCGUUCAGACCUGGCAGAAGAACUUGCUCAGAGUCAACCCAAAAUCCAGAUAUUGCAGGACACCCUACAGCAGGUGCUGGACAGACGAGAAGAGCAACGGCAGUCAAGACAGCUCCUGGAACUCUACCUAGAGGCCUUGAAAAAGGAAGACAGUAUCUUAAGCAAAGUAGCAGAAUCUGAGUCUGUUCCAAGAAAGGAGAUGGAUGUGGUUGACACAGGUACCAGCAGCACAGGCACUUCAGCCAAAACAGCGCUCAGUGACCACGUCCUUGCUGCUCUGAGAGAGAAACCUGCCCCAGAGCUCUGCUUGGACAGUCAGGAUCUAGAGCUGGUCUUGAAAGAAGACGCAGAAGCGCUGGCCUCGGCUCUGAGAUGGGACAAGCAGAAAGCCGAAGCUCUGCAGCAAGCGUGUGAUCAGGAGCUCUGCAGGCGUCUAGAGCAAGUGCAGACGUUGCAGUCCCUAAGGAGCACAUCAAAAGGCAAGAAAACGCUACCCUGGGGAGACUGGCCUAGUUCAAAACGCAAAAAAUAA